UCCACGUCUGGCUUUGCUGAAAAUCGGAACGGAAGGCGGGGAAGUGGGAGGAAGCCUAGACAGGAAGGAUUCCGGCGACGUUAGGGUUUUUGUUUCUAUCUCUAAGCCGGUGAUAAAUCAUCGAUGCUCAAGCGGAAACCACCUCGAAUUCCGUCCGUUAGUCUCUUCUUGUGACUCCGAUCAGUCAGUCUUCUUUCAUUUUGUGUUUCCUCUUUGUUCUUCUUCGAUUGCCUCUCCUUUCCUGUUUCAUUCCAUUAUGAUCAUAUAUUCUUGUGUUAUGCGCUCAUCGUUCGCUGUUCCGAUCUCUGCACCUCGAAAUCUGCGUGUCUUUGGCCCUGGUUUGAAUCCGAUUGAGACCAACGGUAUUGGGAUCGGUUACGUUUCUCGUUAAUUCUUUGCUGUUGAAGAAUCACUGGAUCAUGUAAACGCUCCAUCUCCAUCUUGUUUCUAAGUUCUUUUUUAUGAGAUAUUAGGUGGUUUUUUUCAAUUGUGUGGAAAAUAUCUCAAAAUCUCUAGGGUUUCCUUGCUGCACGGGUAAUAAUAACAGGCGUUUUCUUUUAGAUUUUGAUACCCUGUUUUUUAACGCUUUUGAAUUGGAAAAUUUGGAAUAUUUUGCCUAUUAUGUUGCGAGAGCGGGAUGGACUGCCUCGGCGUCAACUGUCAAGCAGGCGCUCUUUUAAGCUAGAUGAUGUGAACAGAGAUGAUAGGGGCUGGACUCUGCUACACAUAGGUGCUCGGAUGGGUGACCUGAAAAAGGUGAAAUGUCUUCUGGAAGAGGGAAUGGAUGUGAAUAUUGGUGCGUGGGGCCCAAAAUCUCAGGGAGAGACUCCUCUUCAUCUUGCCGCUCAAGGAGGACACAUAAAGGUUAUGGACCUGUUGCUGGACAAUGGUGCAGAUAUCGAUGCUAGAACCAAAGGCGCUUGCGGCUGGACUCCGGUACACAACGCGGCCAAAUCAAGGAAGAAGGAAGCCAUAAAAUUCCUGAUAGAGAACGGAGCCUUCUUGCCCCCUGACAUGUACGACAGCAGAUUCAAUCCCCCGCUUCAUUACUGCCCCGGCCUCGAGUGGGCUUACGAGAUCCUCCGAAUGCAACAUCGUCACCACCUCUUCUCUGGUGAGACUGCUUCUACCUCCACCAACUCCGACAGCUGAACGGAACUAUUUCUUACUAUUCCGCUUCUGUUAAUCAUAUGCUCAUAAAUCUUCUGAACAUGGAACAACUGUUUUUCUUUUGUGUUUUUUGUUUUGUUGGGGACAAUGAUUAUGCUUUGAUAGAACCUUUUGGAUA